GGGGUGGGUAGACUGCGAGCUCUCCAGCAGCACGGACGUUUCUCCAGAGUUCCAGAGAAACGACGGUGGAAUGCAGUUUGGAGGCGGCAGAUUAAUGCGGGCGCAUGUGUACAGGCAUCUUAGUAGGUGCUAGACUGGUAGUUGUGCGCAGGGGUCGCAAGAGAAUUUCGCUAACCUUGGGUGGAGUUGCGGCGUGUCGCUGAAUUAUCGGCCUUCGGAGGGUAGUGAGAGUUUCGUGUAGGGAAUGCGCGUGUUGGGGCGUGUCUGUAGUUUGGAAUUGUGGAGAGGUCUUCAAGGGCUGAUUCGUUGCAGAUAUUUUCGUUGCGACGGUGUUAGUGAUGAGUAUACGGUGGUAGAGAGCUGAAGAGGAGAGGAGGAAGAGAAGGAAGAGGAGGAGGAGGAGGAAUGCGGCUGAGGGAAUUGUGACAGCGUCAACGCUGCGGACAGGAGGAUGCGCGCUGCUGCCGGGAGUAGCAGCAACACAUAUAUGGAAAGUAGAUUGGAGCGUUCUUUUGUCACCUUGGAGAUCGUGGGAGCGUAGAUUGAAUCCGAUCGGUGAGGCUUUCAGUCGAGCUGGCUACUAGUGGAGAGGUUUUCAUUUUUUACCGGAGGACUCGGUUGAAGAUGCCGUUGUGUACAACGCGAGACGUUGAUGAUAUAGUGGAGUGGGCAUUCUUUUGUUUGGGUGUACAUUUGCGUCGAUAGUUAUUGAGCUGUUGGAAUACGAGAGUUUGUAGUGUCAAGAGAGGGGCUGUGAAUUAAUUAUCGCGCUGUGUAAUGGUCGUGGCGGAGAGUCCCAGCGCGCCUCAUUGCGUGCGAGAGAGUCUCAAGUACUGACGUUUCCAAGAGCUUGAUAGGUCCGUGAGUGGUUCGCACGUGUGGUCCAUUAGGGGAUGAUGACGAGCGCCGGCGUAACCUGUGCGUCUUCAAAGCUCUUCUCGUGAAUGAUUCUCAAGAUUUGGAAUUCCUUCUUUUUGAAGGUUUGAGACCAUCGAGUAUCGACCACUUUGAAAUUCACAGAUUUGAAUUGGAAAGGUGUCUGACAUGUUAUGCGCCUCAACAGUCGUAUCGAGAGGUUUCCUGGUGAUACUCUUUGCAGCUCAAUCUAUAAGGUCGGAAGCUUGACAACUACAAUAUUGCACCUGCGGCUUAUUAAUUGGGCAGUAGUGCAUCCAGACCUUUGUCACAGCUCUCUAGUACAACGUUCCAAAAGAACUUUUCGGGGAUCACGAGGCGUUCGCUACUGAGUUGUUGUCUCUGAAGUCAUCAGUCGUAAAGCCUGGUUUGGGAGAAUAUGUCGGAGUGAUGAAGCCUGUCUUGGGCUUAAAAAUUAUUGUGCAGAAAGGUGUGGUUUAGACACAUGGAAGGGACAGAAAGCAGGUAGAGGAUAAAAUUAAGGAUGGAACAAGGUCAGAACGAAGGUAAAAGAACCGAAUCCGAUGGCAUGAGCGUUAGAGGGUUAGCAAGCGGCGAAGAGCAGGGUUCUUUUUUCAUCGGCCACACUUUGUUGCGCUUGUUAAAGAACUUAUCAUGGUCUAGAGGAGUGUGGAUACCACGUUUUCUAACACCUCCGAAUUUCUCUCGUAGUAGUCUUGCCACUCCCCUUUAUUAUUCCGACCACAUCAAGUCUCUCAGUUGCUGCGCUGCUUUCUAUUUCGCGCCUACGAUGAGUGGAUCACGGGCUUCGCUGUUGAGCGAGUCAGGAAGAAUAUCCAGUGAUGUUACAUCUGAAGAUCAGUUUGAAGUUCAAAGCAUGGAUGGAACAAUUUCAACCCUUAGUAUGGAUCGCCUCAGCCUCGACCUUAUGGGUGAUGGAGAUUUGAGCUUCAGUUUGAAUCAUGGUGAUGACGGUGCCAGCAGCUCGGCGGGGUCUUCACCUUUGGGGUGGCCGUUGGCUAGAAUGGACAGGCAGAGUGCACUUCCUUCACCUUGUUCAUCGAAUCCAACUAGUGGAAGGAAAAACUUUAUGUGGGAAGAAAGGAGGGAGAAUAAAAAGGCUGAGCUCUCAGAAGUGGAGAUGAUGAAGGAGAAAUUUGCAAAGCUGUUGCUCGGGGAAGAUAUGUCAGGUGGGGGUAAAGGAGUUUGCACAGCAUUAGCUAUAUCGAAUGCGAUCACGAACUUGUCAGCCUCUGUGUUUGGAGAGUUAUGGAGGUUAGAACCAUUACCUACGAAGCGCCAGAUUAUGUGGAGGCGAGAAAUGGAGUGGUUGCUUUCAGUUAGUGAUCAUAUUGUUGAGCUGGUACCUUCUUGGCAACGAUAUCCGGAUGGAAGUAGAAUGGAGGUCAUGGUAAGCAGACCCCGAUCAGAUCUUAGUAUCAACUUGCCAGCUCUAAGGAAGCUAGACAAUAUGUUGCUUGAUUCACUAGAAAGCUUCAAGGAUACGGAAUUCUGGUACGUGGACCACGGGAUUGCAGUUUCUGAGGAAAGCAGAAGCUCGCGGCAUUCUAUGCAACGGCAAGAAGACAAGUGGUGGUUACCUACACCCAAUAUACCAGAGAACGGACUAUCAGAAACUUCCAGAAAGUCUCUACUCCAUCAACGCGAUGCUACUAGUCAAAUUCUUAAAGCUACCAUGGCUAUAAACGCGCAAGUUUUGUCGGAGAUGGAGGCACCCGUGUCUUAUUUCGACUCUUUGCCGAAGACUGCGAGAGCCUGUCUUGGUGAUGAAUUGUAUCGGAUCAUAGCCUCCGAGCACUUUUCUCCAGAACACCUUGUGUCGACGUUGCACUUCGGUGACGAACACGGCAUUUUGGAGCUAGCAAAUCGAUUGGAAGCUGCUGUGGUCGGAUGGCGUCGAAAAAGUGGGGCUAAGUCAUUGGCACCGAUGUCACUUCACGGGAACAAACUCAAUAACACGACCUGGAACAAAGUGAAACACUUUGUUGGAGAUGUGGAUAGGAGAACAAUACUUGCUGACCGAGCGGAGAGUGUACUUGUACGGCUGAAACAGCGAGUUCCAGGGAUGGCGCAGACCGUGUUAGAUGCAAAUAAAAUUCAGUUCAACAGGGAUGUGGGGCAGUCAAUUCUCGAGAGUUACUCUCGAGUGCUGGAAAGUCUAGCCUUCACUAUCAUUUCGCGUAUUGAUGACGUCCUGUAUGCGGACAAUCUCGUGAAGAAGUCGCUUGCACCUCAACCCUCCAUAGCACGAGAUGGCUCAAUGUCGCGGCGCCUAGGCUUCUCAAGCCGAAGAGUGAUGUCGAAUGGGAGCGAGUCAAAGCGGUUUACUUCUCUGACCACUAUAUACGCAACGCCUUGCAUCUCACCAGCCUGUUCCCCUCCCGUCAGUCCUCAAGCCACUCCCAACUCUCCACACGAUGUUGCCAAUGGACCAACUCCAGCGCCCUCUCUGGGCAAAGCUCUGUCAGACUACGUGUGUAGACAUAUACCAGAAGGAGAAGCUUUAUCAGAAGAACGAUCGCUCAAAUGCCGAGCGGAUGGUGCGAGUCCUUGGACAUAUGCAAGACAUCUUGAGAAUUCUAAUGCUUUACAUAGUCCUCCUGGACGGCAUUAGAGUCACAACAGCUUUGUGGGUCACUUUCACUCUGUAUAUUAUCAAUUCUUCAGUGAUCAGAAUUCACCUCAAACCCAUUAUAUUCUCCUUGCGAUGCAUAAAUGCGAUUGGUGCCGCGUUUUGUACCCAUCUAACCAGUCCGCAGCGUCUAUAAGAUGCGAGCGCCACACGGAAUUAAAUGAAUUUUGCGGUGUGAAAGGAAGUUGUGAUGAGAUAGUGGGCAUAGCUCAUGUAAUGAGCAUUAUUGUAGCUUGCAUGAUUUCCCUGUAGAAAUGAAAAUGAAAAGGUAGGUAGCAUAAAAAUUGGACACAGGUUUAGGGUUUAGGUUAAGGAAAUUGUCGGUGAACGUGAUAUUAUGGGCGACGUUGUCGUAAACAAGAUUGGAUAUAGAUGGUGAUGUCCAUAACGGAUGAAUGUCAUCUUUUGGCUAUACAAUACGAUCACAUCAAAUCGGCUUGCCUACAUUUAUCAUGA